AGAAAGGGAAAAUGGCUUCACUGGAAGUAGAAGAAAAGCCAUCGGAAGUAAAGCAAAAUGCCAUAUGGGGUGAAUCAAAGAAGAUGUGGGCGAUUGCAGGCCCUGCGAUUUUGGUAUCGGUCUCUCAGUUCUCUAUCGGUUUCGUCACCGUCGCCUUUGCCGGUCAUUUGGGCGAGCUCGAACUCGCUGCGGUCACCAUAACAACGAACGUGAUCGAGGGCUUCGUUUUCGGUAUCAUGUUAGGAAUGGGAAGUGCACUCGAGACACUAUGCGGUCAAGCCGUCGGCGCCGGCCAACACAACAUGCUCGGAAUCUACCUCCAACGAUCAUGGAUCAUUACCGGAAUAACCGCUUUAUGUCUAACACCAUGUUACCUCCUCGCCACACCGAUACUAAAUCUACUCCGACAAGACAAAGCCAUAUCAGAACUGGCCGGAAAAUAUUGCAAGAUGGUGAUCCCUCAAUUCUUCGCUUACGCCAUGAAUUUUCCAAUUCAAAAGUUCCUUCAAUCCCAAACCAAAGUCUGGGUUAUGACAAUAAUAUCAAUUAUCGGCUUGGGUUGUCAUGUUUUGUUGAAUUGGGCUUUGGUAACAAAGCUUGAGUUUGGUUUACUCGGUGCAGCCAUGGCCGGCAAUAUUUCAUGGUGGCUUCAAGUUAUAGCAAUGGUGAUUUACGUGGUUGCUGGGUUUUUUCCAGAUUCAUGGACGGGUCUUUCAUUGUUGGCGUUUAAAUCAUUGUGGGGUUUUGUUAAAUUAUCGCUUGCAUCUGCUGUAAUGUUAUGCUUGGAGCUAUGGUAUUUUACGGCAAUUAUUCUGAUGGUGGGGUAUUUAAAAGAUCCUACACUUGCUGUAGAUUCCAUUUCAAUCUGCUUGAACUUGCAACUUUGGACAUCAAUGGUUACAUUGGGUUUCAACAUAGCAGCAAGUGUUCGGGUGUCCAACGAACUCGGAGCUGGACGUCCAAAAGCCGCGAAAUUCUCGAUCGUGGUGGUCGUGUUAACAUCUUUGGCAGUCGGAGUUAUUUUCAUGGCCAUUAUUCUAGCAACCAAACAUGAUUUUCCGAAGUUGUUCACCGACAAACAGCUGGUUAUAAAGGCGGCGUCGAAGCUUGGGUAUUUUCUUGCAGCAACAAUCUUCCUCAAUAGCAUUUUACCUGUUCUGCAUGGAGUGGCAGUAGGGGCAGGAUGGCAAGCAUAUGUUGGGUUAAUCAACAUUACUUGCUAUUAUCUACUUGGAAUUCCGGGAGGAGCUUUGCUAGGUUUCAAAUUUAAGCUGAGGGUGCAAGGGAUUUGGUUCGGUAUGCUGAUCGGAACCGUCCUUCAAACCACCAUCCUACUCUUUGUAAUGCUCCGAGCCACUUGGCGAAAAGAGGCGGUGCAAGCAGAAGAGCGAUUAAGAACGUGGGGUGGACCGACUGAGACUCCAAACAUUUCGUUGGAAUCUAAUUCUGCUGGCUAAGUCCAUUACCAAAUACUAUUGGUUGAAACAAUUGUUUAAUAAUUUCAAAAUGCUUUUUUUGUUUGGA